UACAUCUACUGUGGUUAUUCGAAGUCAAUCGUCGGUCAUGUACCACGCUACACAUGGAGAGGAUGAUGGUUCCGUGUAGGUGUCACCGUUUCUGAUAUUCGAUAUUCGUGAGUCCUUCACAAAGUGCCAUCCUCGUGAGCUUUAUUGUUGGGCUGCUAUGGAUUUGCCAUGCCGCCGUGCCAUGCCAUAGCAAUCCACGCCUAUCUUAGUGCCGUGUCAGGGCUCUUGAGGAUGGAAGCACCAAUCUUUCGCCAUGUGGUUGUGGACCAUGAUACCGACACGCUUUGCGGUGCCAUGGAACGCCCUUGAGGGUGGUGGAGGCUUAACUCUGUCUCUCUGUUUCCGCUUGUAGGGCUUGGUGAUAUAUGGGGUGUAUGCGAUGUCACUGCUGCAUAAACGGGCAAUUUGAGAUGGCAGAAGAAGGGCCCUGCAGCUCUGGUAUAAGCUCUUCGCGCCGUUUCUAUCAGACGUCUGAAGGCGGCAUGGACAGACGGACGUCGUUGAUGUCCAGCCCUAUGAUAUAUAGCUUCUUUGGUCUUGUAUAGGGCUGAGGUUCAGGUUAUGCACCUCCCCCUGGUCAGGAGAUACCUCUUUAAAAAGCUUGUUUGUAGUGACGUUGUAGUCAUGUUUAAAUUACUGUGUGUAUGUGUACAUUUUGUCUGUCUCUAUCAGCAAGCAAGUACUUUGACAUCUUGUAGAAGGCGAUGUCACAUUAAGUUUUGCCUCCUGCAUCAAGUAGCAUAGGUACCUACAGGCACCCCCCAGCACCUCCUCAAUGCCACACCUCAUACCUCUUUGAUAUCUCCCACAAAGAAACCAUCCCGCGGAAAAGAAAACAGCUCAACGAUGAUCAUGGAAUAGAGUAUAUAUGAUAUGCUCAUAAUCCUAAUAUAUGAUCAGCUGAACAUAGCCCCCGUCACCCCUACGGGCGUAUCGAGGAGGCAAUAUACGGAUCCGAGUAAGAUUCGUAAGCCGUCCCAGAUGCAACCUUUCCUCUGCUCGAUGGGUUAAUAGCCACGGAGGAGUCUGGAGUUUGCGGGAUUAUUCGUUUCCGCUAAGAAAUCACUUUCCCCCGGACUUGCUUCCAUUCACCCUCAGGCUUUGGAGCUCAGCUCGUCUUGCCGGAUAACCGAAACCGGAUAGUGGCCUAGGGUUGGGACGCUGAGCGAACCAGGAGGCAAGGCGUCCAUCUGCAGGCCAUAGCACCUUGAUCGAACUGAGAUCUAGGUAAUAUUCAACAAGGCUCCCGCGCGGAGAGAGUAUAAUCUGAAGCGGCCAGGAAGGUCAGUGGGUAGAUCUGAGUGAGCCUGGAUCUUCCCUUCGAAACGCUCUGCCACUUCCCUGGCUCCUUCGUGAUAAUCGCUCUCUAAGUUUGGUAGCGAUUUUGAUCGCAGAGGGCCGAAGGUCGGUCUUGUCCGAAGCAUGAGUGAGGAGAAGGGAAGGGGGGAAAAAGAAAAGGAAGAGUAAAGAAAAGAAAAGAAAAGAAACCAAGAGUUGAAGCUCGGCCUGGGCAAAACGUAACGUCAGAGAUAGCAACUCCAGACGGGGCACGGAACACACCUUUUUGGCAAAGGCAAGCAAGGAAUGACAGGGCAAUUUUGCAACUCUCCCCGGUCUGGUUCGUUCCCCCCAACUGCAAGAGGGUCAAGAAGAGGGCGAAAAGUGAAGGAGCCGUUAUGGAGCAUGGGGUAUGGGGGAGAGAAGACUGGAACACGGUGGAAUAAUUAAACGGUAGGCUGCAUUGGGUUAUUGUAGAGAAGUAGUCAGCAGCAGACGUACGUGUACGUUGUCGAAAAUAGCUGGCUAUGACGGUUAACCACCUGCGAGGCAUAGUUAAUGGUUAUACCACAGGAACAAGGACCCUUACCUUUCGUCGUGAUACGGUAUACCCAGCGAUAUCAUAUCAUCUCCCUCACAUCUAGCUUUGACUGCUCGCCUCCUUUGCCCUUGACAUAGCGGCGUGUGACAUUUGCAUCACCAAUCAUACAUCACCGCUUAUUUCCACUCCUCGACGGAUAGAUCAUUGUACAAACAGCAUGGAUGCGCAGAUAGAAUCGAGAUCUUCAAAAAUGGAAGCGCUCCCUUUUAACGGUUUUCGUAGCUUGCGCCAAUCAUAGCUCGUCGGCGAAUACGCCCCAUGUCCAUGCUGGGGUGUAUACCGUGAAGCAACCAGUUAAGGCACGGCUUGAAGACGCCGCUGUGCAAGGUGCUCCUGUCGAAAUUAUUAUUUGCAUAUCGACCGGUAUUUACUUCUUGCACACCCGUCUAUCAGGGGCCUAGUCUUCCCUCUACCUGGUUGACACGUAAAAGGGACCCUGGCCGUUCUCUCAAUUUCGCCCCUUCGGCAUUCCGCAUAUUAGCCCACAACUUGCGUGCGUGCCGUGCGUGUGUUUAUUGAUCGAGAUAUAAGUGCACCUGUGAGACAGAAUCAGAUUUAAUAUCAAUUUCGCGCUUCAUGCAUAUCAUCUCGGAUAUGGUUAGGUGUUGUCGGACAGGUUCUUUACUGGUUAGAGAAAAACUGUUAGCAGGCGUUGACGGGACGGUAUAGUUUUGUUGCACACAAGGAAAUUCAUUGUAGAUGCCUUUCUCUGUUGGCAAAGGAAGGCUGCUUCAUAGACGGUCUGCCAAGGCACCGAGCCAUGUAUGAGAUGAUAUGAGAGGCCAUGAGGGAUGUCACUUCGACAGUUCCCCUGAUCUACGUAGUCAGUUGAUCUUGCCCUCUCUGCGACGCGGGUUUCAUGUAUUCACCCUACAAAGCAGAAUGGCUUUGUUUAGUUUCGUUUCUUAUUUCCGUUUUGUUAUAUUUCAUUCUUUUCACAAUGCAACGGGCACGGGUAUGCAAGAAUCAAAUACUUGCAGGCCAGUAAAGGGACCGGGUUUGCGGUUAGUUUUCUCGAGAGGGAUUUUUUUUCCCAACAUUCUCCGUCUGUCCUUUAUUUGUCUUGCGUGCUCUGUACAUGGAGCCAACGCUCACGUCGAGAACGUAUCUCGAGCACAGCAUUUCUAUGUUGGGGUAUCUCAAGAGUAACCAUCCAUUUCAAUUAUGGUUGGAGCAACUUGAAUUCACGUGGAGAUUGAGGAACGUAAUGAGGGCAUGUUCUACAAACCCGGAGUGAUACAUAUGAAAGCAGCAUAUGUGUUCAUUGAUGAAGCUGGAAGGGAUAUACGGCAAAUGGAAACCGAGGUCAACGUGUACACGCAUUAGCUCGGGCUAAUUCAGGAGUUAUGCUAACUCCUGUUGGGUAAAUAUGAUGUACGGGUCGACAUACCCGUGACCUGCGCGAAAGUGGCAUGAGGCAGCCCCCUUCAU